CACAACACCCUCCCACGAGAAAUCAAAUAAGCCGCGUAGUGAGUGAAGCUCGCACUAGCCCGGACGGCUCUAGCUUCGCUCUGGUGUGUGUUGCGCGCGAGCAGGAGAGAGAUGACAAGAGCUUCGCGAGGCUGGACAUUCAAACAUGGAGCUUUUUAAAACGCAAAUUUCGGUUCUUUGGAUAUUAUUGCUGAAUGGAAACAAGGGCUGUCACGCGGAAGAAGUGGUCCUGCUGAACUCUAAAGAAACUCAGGCAGAGCUCGGUUGGACGUCGUACCCCUCCAAUGGAUGGGAGGAGAUCAGUGGCGUGGAUGAGAAGUACAAGCCCAUCAGGACCUACCAGGUGUGUAAUGUGAUGGAGCCAGCGCUACAGAACAACUGGCUGCAGACGGGCUGGGUGGCGCGGCGCGGUGGCCAGCGCAUCUUCGUGGAGCUGCAGUUCACGCUGCGUGACUGCAACAGCAUCCCAGGCGUGGCGGGCACCUGCAAGGAGACCUUUAACUUGCUCUACGCCGAGUCGGACAAAGACCUGGGCCGGGUGGCCCGCGAGGACCGCUACUCCAAGAUCGACACCAUCGCGGCCGACGAGAGCUUCACGCAGGGAGACCUGGGCGAGAGGAAGAUGAAGCUCAACACGGAAGUGCGGGAGAUCGGACACCUGAACCGGAAAGGGUUCCACUUGGCGUUCCAGGACGUGGGGGCGUGCGUGGCCCUGGUGGCGGUGCGGGUGUACUACAAGCGCUGCCUGGCCACGGUGCAGAACCUGGCUGUGUUUUCCGAUACGGUUGCCGAGGCAGCGUUCGCUACACUGGUGGAAGUCAGGGGAGCCUGCGUCAACAACUCUGAGGUGGACAUGGACAGUCCUCCCAGGAUGCACUGCAGCGCCGAGGGGGAGUGGCUAGUGCCCAUCGGGAAGUGCAGCUGUUCAGCGGGUUACGAGGAGGGCCACAGCAGCUGUGAAGCGUGUCCCCCUGGCUCGUAUAAGAUGUCAUCCAGACAGCAGGAGUGUUUUCCAUGCCCGGCCAACAGUGUGGCUGAGGAGGAAGGCUCGGUGGUGUGUGUGUGUGAGGAGGACCACUUCAGGACCCCCCUGGACAACCCCUCUGCCCCCUGCACCCGCCCCCCCUCUCCUCCCAAAGACUUGGUCUACACCCUCAAGCAGUCCACCCUGAUCCUGGAGUGGGGCGCGCCAACGGACACGGGCGGCAGGGGGGACCUGACCUACAGCGUGGGCUGCCGCCGGUGCGUGGGGCUGCAGUGUGAGCCAUGUGGGGCCAGUGUGGGCUUCAUGCCCCAGCAGAGCGGGUUGACCGAACGCACGGUCACUGUGGUCAACCUCAUGGCCAACUCCAACUAUACGUUCACGGUCGAGGCCCUCAACGGCGUGUCAGAGCUUCUGCCCAACAAGAGGUUCUACACACAGGUCAACGUGUCGACUAGUGUGCCAGCACCCUCUCUGGUGAGUGAGUUGCGUGCGGAGAAGAUUGAGCAGCGCAGCCUCACCCUGGUGUGGAGGGAGCCUAGCUACCCCAACAGCAGCCGCACCGAGUACGAGAUCAAGUACUACGAAAAGGAACAGAAGGACAAGAGCUACUCAACGGUCAAGACGGCCGCCACCCGCAUCAGCGUCAACAACCUUAAGCCUGGCACCACCUACGUCUUCCUCAUCCGCCCUUUCUCCACCCCGGCCCCCUCCUCCCUCCUCUCUGCCUCCUCCUCUUCCUCCUCCCCCUCUCCCAUCGACUACGGAGGCUACAGCGCUCCCCUGGAGCUGCAGACGCUUGGCGAACUGGCGCUGGCGUCCAGUGAGCAGAACCCAGUGAUCAUCAUCGUGGUGGUGUCUGUGGCCGUCCUCAUCAUGCUACUCUCUAUGGGAGUGGGCCUGCUCCUCUGGAGAAGACAGUGUAGAUACAGCAAGGCCAGUCAAGAGGGAGACGAAGAACUCUACUUCCAAUUUAAGAUCCCGACCCGGAGGACCUACAUAGACCCAGCGACUUGUGAGGACCUGGUGCAGGCUGUCCUCGCCUUUGCCAAAGAACUAGACAACUCCAGCAUCAAGAUAGAGAGAAUCGUGCACACAGGUGACUUUGGGGAGGUGUGUCGUGGCUGUCUCAAGCUGCCCAGUAAGCGGGAGCUUCCGGUGGCCAUCAAGGCGCUGAGGGCCGGCUGCUCAGAGAAACAGAGGUGCUCCUUCCUCAGCGAGGCCGGGAUUCUCGGACAGUUUGACCACUCCAACAUCGUCCGUCUGGAGGGGGUCAUCACCAGCGGUAACACCAUGAUGAUUGUGUUGGAGAGCAUGUCCAACGGGGCCCUGGACUCCUUCCUCAGGAAGCACGAGGGCCAGCUCUCUGUGCUCCAAUUGAUAAACAUGCUGGGGGGGGUGGCCUCUGGGAUGAAGUACCUGACAGAGAUGGGCUUCGUCCACCGCCGCCUUGCCGCCCACAAGGUACUGGUCAACGCCAGCCUGGGCUGCAAGGUGUCCGGCUUCAGACCCCUCCAAGAGGACAAGAUAGAGGCCAUCUACAGCGCAAUGCAUGGGGGGAAGAGUGUAGUGUUGUGGACAGCCCCAGAGGCCAUCCAGUACCACCGCUACAGCUCAGCGUCGGACGUGUGGAGCUUUGGCAUCGUCAUGUGGGAGGUCAUGUCCUACGGAGAGAGGCCCUACUGGGACAUGGGCAACCAGGACGUGAUCAAAGCAAUAGAGGAUGGCUUCCGCCUGCCCGCCCCUAUGAACUGUCCACCCCACCUCCACCAGCUGAUGUUGGACUGUUGGCAGAAGGAGAGGACAGAGAGACCCACCUUCAGCCAGAUCCACUCUGCUCUCAGCAAGAACAUCCGCAGCCCUGACGGCAUCGGCUCCUCCACACUGGCACGCAGAACCCUCCCUCAGCUAGGAAGCCUCCCUCUAGGCUCCUCCAUCUCCUUGGCAGAGCGGACUCUUCCCUCGUUCCCCUCCUUUAACUCGGUAGGGGAGUGGUUGGAUGCGGUGGACAUGGGGCGCUACAAGGACAACUUCACCGUUGCAGGAUACUGCUACCUGGAGUCUGUGGCCCGUAUGACAGUCCAAGAUGUGUUGAGUCUAGGCAUCACCUCUCUGGAGCACCAGAAACAGAUCCUGUCUGCCUUACAGACCCUUAGAGCCCAGGUCAUCCAGAUGCACGGCAGAGGGGUGCAGGUCUAACACACACACACACAUAGAUACAUACACGUGCAGACGGAUGGACAGACGGAUGGAUGGAUAGAAGGAUUUUCAGAGAGGAGAGACUCAUCUCUCAUCCGGAUGGAUGAAAUGAAGUGGGAUAGUGAGAUGGGCAGAGAUAUCGCCCACACUGCACCCACCCACUCUUCCUCCUUGUCUACCCCCUCCUCC